UCUAACCUCACUUAACUUGUAAACAAAAAAAAAGAUCAACAACGUGGUAACAACUUCUGUUUUCUUUCCUUAAUUAAUUAUUUAAAACUAAACUAAAUUAAUAAAUAAUGUUGCGACGACAGGCCCGCCUAAGGCGAGAAUAUUUGUACAGAAAAACUGCCGAAGACAAACAACGGACCAUACAAGACAACAAGAACCGAAUCAGGAAAAAUCUGGAUCAAAAUACGGCGAUACACGGAGAUUUACAAAAGAAAGCGUUGCAUUACUCCAAAAAGUUGGAAUGGGAAGACGCCGGCCCUUCGCAGGCCACUAUAAUGGGUGGCGAAAGUGGUGGAGCCACUGCUAGUUCUCAAGAUGAUGAAUAUCGUUAUGCAGGUGUCGAAGAUCCAAAAAUCGUCAUAACAACAUCCAGAGACCCCAGUUCAAGACUCAAAAUGUUCGUCAAAGAAAUGAGAUUAAUAUUCCCAAAUGCCCAAAGACUAAAUCGAGGCAACUACGAAAUGAAACAGCUAAUCCACGCUUGCAGAGCCAACGAUGUCACUGAUUUCAUUGUGGUCCACGAACACAGAGGUGUUCCAGACGGCCUAGUGGUAUGUCACUUGCCCUACGGCCCCACAGCUUAUUUCAACAUGUCUGAUGUGGUGAUGCGACACGAUAUUCCAGAUAUUGGGACAAUGUCUGAACAAUAUCCUCAUUUGAUUUUUCAUAAUUUCAAGACGCCAUUGGGAGAAAGGACUGUUAAGAUAUUGAAGUUUUUGUUUCCUGUUCCUAAGGAGGAUGCAAAAAGAGUUAUUACUUUUGCUAAUCAUGAUGAUUAUAUUAGUUUUAGACAGCAUACUUAUAAAACAGUGGACAGAGAGAUUGAAUUGUCAGAGGUGGGACCUCGUUUUCAAUUGAGACUGUAUGAAAUCAAGUUGGGCACAUUGGACACUGCCGAUUCUGCAGAUACUGAAUGGGCCUUAAGGCCUUACAUGAACACUUCGGUCAAAAGGAGGUUUUUCAGUGAUGAAGAUGGGUGGAAGCAAGAUGAUGAAAUUGAUGAUUGAGUCCACUUUACUUGUGUUUCAUCUUGACCUCAUUGUCUUUUAAUGAUUUGAAUUUGAGGUAAUGAGAGGGUGAUAGAUGUUCAAAGUAAAGUUGGCUCAUGACAAUUACAAAUUACCUACCAAGAAGAUUAAAGCAUUUUUAACGUUGUAAAUAGCAAUUAUUCUGUUUUUAUUAUGUAUUGAAAUUUUUGUCAAUUAUAAAAAUAAUUUUGUAUUUGUAUUUUUUAUUGGGAAUACCUAAAGCUGAU